UAUCUAUUGUGCACGCCCACCUUCAACAACCCUUUCCUCCUCCGCACGUGCAUUGAUAGGUUCCAAUGGUCUCCGGGACGAAUGAUUCAAAAAAUACGCCCCCAAUAGUGUCCUUGGCCGCCGGGGGUGUUGCGGGCGGCAUUGAAGCGUUCACAUCGUAUCCAUUCGAGUUCGCGAAGACGAGAGUCCAAUUGCGUAGCGAGAAGGGAAUUCCAACGCCGAAGAAUCCAUUCAAGGUCGUCACUCAGGUGUAUCAAUCUGAAGGGCUCAGAGCGCUGUAUAAAGGCUGCGGUGCUUUGGUUGUUGGAUCAAUCGCAAAAGAUGGAGUACGCUUUCUAUUCUUCGAUCAAAUCAAGAUCGCCUUCGCCGACCCACAAACCGGCACUCUUUCCCCACUCCGCAACCUCGCCGCUGGCAUGACAGCGGGCGUCGUAGCCUCCAUCACCGCCGUCACACCCACCGAGCGCAUCAAGACCGCCCUAAUCGACGACGCCCGAAACGAACGACGUUUCCGCUCCGGGCUCCACGCCACGCAGGUCAUCUACCGCGAGCACGGCAUCUCCGGCCUGUACCGCGGCUUCGCCGGUACGACACUCAAACAGGCCUCCGCAACCGCCUUCCGCAUGGGCACCUACAACAUCCUCAAGGACUUCGAGACCAAGCGCGACAUCCCCCAGACCACCGUCACCAACUUCGCAAACGGCUCCGUGGCCGGGACCGUCACGACGCUGUGCACCCAGCCCUUCGAUGUCAUCAAGACGCGCUCGCAGAGCGCACACGGCGCGAGCACGAUAGAGGCGAUCAAGAGUAUCCUUGCUGACUAUGGCUUCUUCCGCGGGUUCUGGAAGGGGACUACGAUGAGGCUUGGGCGUACGGUGUUUAGUGGUGGGAUUCUGUUUACUUCGUACGAGGCGGCGGUCAAGGUUAUUCAGCCGUUGUAUUCGGGCUUGACGCAUACUGUUGGCGCGCAGGAGACAGCGUAGAAAGUGUAUUAGAGUUUGUGGUUCUAUGCGAUGCAUGGUGUUGUCUCGAUUUCUUUUUUUCGUUUCAUAGAGAUAGAUAUCCUCAAUCUUGCAUGUGGUCCUCUAGACCGCUCGAAAGUCGUACAUUCGCUGUCUAGUACUGCUGACCAGCGUCUCGGACAUGAUUUGGAAUUGCCCCUUCCAUGCUCCCUUCUGCCCUCCAUCCCCUCUAUCACAAUGCCUGUCCAGUAUCACGGCAUGCUAUUUCUCAUGAACCAAGUAAUAUCUGAAGUCAGCCAGCAGAGCAGGUGGAGAAGGAAGUCACU